AAUCCCCCUCCUCGGGCAGGAGGUCCCGAGGCCUGGUGCUUGGUCGGCCCACGAGCAGACCGCCUGGCGGCCCCGCGGGGAGGGUCGCCUUUGGCCUGCUCUGCGGGACACCACAGCGCUUGGGCAUCCCUGAGGACUGGGGUUCUCAACCCAGCACUGUUGACAUCUGUGGCUGGAGUAGUUGUGUUUUUUUGGUUUGUUUUUUGUGUUUUCUGCUGAGACACCGCCCUGCCUUCAAGCAGCUGUGGGGGCCAGCCCAGAAUGGAGAGCCGGCCGGCUGGGACAGGGACACUGUCAGCAUCACCACGCAGGGCAUCCUCCCGGAAAACGAACCGUUGCAGGUGUCUCGGGACCCGACCCUUCCUGACCUCCCCAAUUGCUGGGUGACUGUAAGCAAGGAGCCAGGCUAGGUCCGGGCAGUGCAUUGGGUAAUUUUGGUCUCUGCCCGUGGGACUCCGGAGAGGCCAGGGCAGACCGGUCCCUGCCUCUCGGUCUGUCGCGCUGUCACUUGGCCGCUUUCUCCACUUUGUGUAUCCUGUAGCCUGAACAGCAGGCGAGGCACAAUUAGAUACGGCUUAAGCGUUGGUCCAGAAAGUUCCGCCUGGUGUUGGGGGGCCCCAGGCUGAGUCCUUCUGCCCCAGCGUCUGUGUGUUUCUACCAGGUGUGGGUGACAGUUGUCACGCCCUCUUGGCAUCUGUUGAGAGCUUGGGUGGUUCUUCUCUUACUCUGGUUUUUGAAUUUCUAGGGUCAGCUGCAUUCCUGGGAUAAAUUUAUCCUGGGAUGAAUUCUACUGGAACGUCCUUUAUGGGGACGUUAGGGUUUUUUUGUUUGUUUUUGUUUUUAAGAUUUUAUUUUUUAUUUGAGAGGUAGAGUUACCGUGAGAGAGACAGAGAAAGGUCUUCCAUCCGAUGGUUCACUCCCCAAAUGGCCACAAUGGCCGGAGCUACACCCAUCUGAAGCCAGGAGCCAGGUGCUUCUCCUGGUCUCCCAUGUGGGUGCAGGGCCCAAGGACUUGGGCCAUCUUCCACUGCUUCCCAGGCCACAGCAGAGAGCUGGAUUGGAAGAGCAGCAGCCAGGAUUAGAACCGGCACCUGUAUGGGAUGCCGGUGCUGCAGGCAGAGGAUUAACCUACUGCGCCACAGCACCUGCCCCAGUGUGCUCAUCUCUCGUUAAGAAUGUUUGCCUCUAGGUUCAUACAAACACUGGUCUGUGAAAGCUGGGUGCCAGGGUGAGGCUGGCAUCACAGGACGAGUUGGAAAGUGUUCUUGUCAGUCUUGCAAAGCGUUGGUGUCUUCCAUCUGCUAGUUCACUCCCCAAAUGGCUGCAGCAGCCAGGGCUGGGCCAGGCCAGGCCGAAGCCAGGAGCCUGGAACAGUCUCCCUUCAGCAGGAGAGUGUCUGGAAACUGGACCCUUCGCUGCUUGAGCGUUGGAAGGCUCUGGCCCCGUUCUGUGGCAGCCGGUGAUGGCCAGGCCUCGCCACCGUCCUGUGUCAGCAGCAUCCUGUGUCCUCCUCGUGUGGCACCGUUGCCCGGCAACAGAGGAGUCUCUUGUUCCUCUGUUUAUGGAGAUGACUGCAGGGCUCCUGCCUUCAAACACGUUCCCUGUGGCCGGUGCCAUCACCGAGUGCUCAAGCAGGCGCUGCGGCAGAAGCACCAGGAAGCCCAGCAGGCCUGCCGGCCCCACAACUUGCCCGUGCUCCAGGCGGCCCAGCAGCGGGAGCUGGAGGCGGUGGAGCACCGGAUCCGCGAGGAACAGCGGGCGAUGGACCGGAAGAUCGUGCUGGAGCUGGACCGCAAGGUGGCGGACCAGCAGAGCACACUGGAGAAGGCGGGCGUGGCCGGCUUUUACGUGACCACCAACCCGCAGGAGCUGACGCUGCAGAUGAACCUGUUGGAGCUCAUCCGGAAGCUGCAGCAGAGGGGCUGCCAGGCGGGGAAGGCAGCCCUGUGACCAGGCAGGCUCCCUGCUGGCCGCCCGCUGCCCAGCUCCUCCCCUGAGACUUGGACACCGCUUUCCCAGCCACUUGCAGGGGUCGCCCUGGGAGGCAGGUGGCCCCCGGCUGCCUGUGUCUGAGCUGGAAGGCACAGCCGCCGCCUGCCCCAGGACUCGGCGGAGAGGGCUCCUGGAGGUUCCAGCACCUUCUCCCCACAGGCCAGCUGGCCCUCCCCAAGCCCCGGGCUUUAUACUGCUUCUGCUCCCAGGGCGAGGGGCGCCAAGCUGGGUGCCCGUGUGACCCAGAGAAAUAAAGGUGCCUCAGGCAGGCCUGCACGUGG